AUGUGUGGACACGUUGUUUUACGGUGUUUCUCUGCUGUAGUACUUACGGUAAUGCAGCAUCAUGGGAGGUUUGCGUGUGUUGCUCUAUUUAGAAGCUUUCCCUUUUCAACCAUGGCUCAGUGUAAAUUCAUUGACAUCGGUGUAAACCUGACAGACCCCAUGUUCAGAGGGCUGUAUAGAGGCAAGCAGAAGCACGAUGAUGACUUUGAUCAAAUCAUCGACAGGGCUCUGAAAGCCGGGGUUGAGAAGUUCAUGAUCACAGGAGGAAACCUUGAAGACAGUAGGGAAGCCCUCAAACUGGCCCAGACCAGAGAUGAAUUCUACUGCACGGUUGGCUGCCACCCCACACGCUGCAGAGAGUUCGAACAGCACGGAGAAUCUCCGUACAUGUCAGGGCUGAGGGAUCUGGCAGGAGCUCACAGAGGGAAGGUGGUGGCCAUUGGGGAGUGUGGCCUAGAUUUUGACAGGUUGGAAUUUUGUCCAAAAGAGACUCAGCUCAAAUACUUCGAGAAGCAGUUUGAUUUGGCAGAAGAGACAAAGCUGCCCAUGUUCCUCCACUGCAGAAACUCCCAUCAUGAGUUCCUUGAGAUCAUGAAGAGAAAUCGAGACCGGUGUGUUCAAGGAGUGGUGCACUCAUUUGAUGGAACUGCAGAGGACGCUGCUGCACUUAUUGACCUGGACCUCUACAUCGGAAUAAACGGAUGUUCUUUGAAAACAGAGGCCAAUAUUGAAGCUAUGAAGUCUAUUCCCUCUGAAAGGCUCAUGAUAGAAACAGAUGCUCCAUGGUGCGGCGUGAAAAACACUCACGCAGGCUCCAAAUAUGUUCAAACUACGUUUCCCACAAAGAAGAAGUGGGAGGCAGGACACUGCUUAAAAGACAGGAACGAGCCCUGUCACAUCCUACACGUUCUGGAGGUGAUGGCAGCAGCAAGAGAAGAAGAUCUGCUUGAGCUGGCCAACACCAUCUACAACAACACCAUCAAAGUGUUUUUCAGCUCGAGCUGAUGUUAGACUACAUUAAAUGUGGUCUCAGUGACUGAUGAGCUCCAUACUUUAAGCACAAAAAUGUUGUCCUCUCUUGGUCAUUUUGUGAUACACAUUUUGCCUUCAAA